AUGGUUACAAAGAAUGGAACUGUAUACUCUGUGAGGGACUAUUUCAGGGAUGUGACUUCGACUACUCCAGUCUUUACAACUCACACCCAGGAAUCUAUAAAUGGAGAAAUCGUAGGUUUGAUCCUCAGCAUGGAAUCCAUUCUUAUCAUCUCCACCAACAUCCUGGUAGCUAUUGCCUUGGUUUUGCUGAUAUGGAAGAGGGGCAGUCAGAACUGGUGCUUUGUCCUAAACCUGGCUGUUGCUGACAUCCUAGUCGGUCUGGCUAUUACUGCUCUUGCCAGUUAUGCCAUGAAAGGACGUCUGUCCUCCAUGAAUAAGGAAUUGUGUUUGUUAAAAAUGGCUUUUGUCAUCACACCAUCUACUGCUUCCAUCCUCACCAUGUUUUUCAUCUCACUUGAUCGUUACAUUGCUAUCAAACUGCCUCUUCGCUACACUCAAGUCAUGGGAACAAAGACGAUCAUUGGAGCCUUGUUGUGCUUAUGGUUGAUAUCUGCGUCCAUUGGCUUCCUGCCUCAUAUGGUUGAGGAUAUGCAGCACGGUGACUAUGAAAGCAUUUGUACAUUCUUCUCAGUAAUCAACCCACAAAGCAUUAUCAUAGUCUUUUGUAUUGUAUUCUUCCCCAUACUCUUGGUCUUCAUCUACUUCUAUCUGGACAUCCUGAAGAUUGCAUGGAGCCAUCAGCGGCGCAUUCAGCAAGCCACGCAAGUGAAUUCCAGCUGCGUCCUGCCAAACCGUUACUGGGUGCACGUCAAGGCCCUGAAGACUGUCGCAGUUUUGAUUGGCUGCAUCACUCUUUGCUGGUGCCCCUUCUUUGUGGUCAGUGUUGUACAGGUUCUCUGCCCAUCAUGCAAGCUUUACAGGUUUUUAGAAAACCAUCUAUGGAUGCUGGCGCUCUCCAACUCCUUGAUCAACCCUCUUGUCUAUGCCUUCUGGCAAAAGGAGGUCCGACAGCAACUCUGUGCCAUUUUUUCUUGCAUUAAGGCCAGUCACUGCUGCAGUAAAGCCUCUGAUGCCUCAGAAGGACAUGGAGAUCAGACAAUUGCCAGCCAAAGCAGAAACGAACUCGAUCAUUGCCAGUUCAUUUUUAGGAAACCUGCUACAAUACCUUUCACCACUUCUGCAUUAUCUUAA